UAUCGAUUUUGUUUCCAGCAGUGCAAGACACGUCAGCUAGGCCCCACAAUUGAUUAAUAAGGAAAAACACAAUUGUUUUCAAUUAAUUUCGUAUAUUUUGAUACCGGCUGAGAAACCCAGAACAGCAAAAUGGUACUCAUUGCUGCGACGGUUUGCACAAAAAAUGGCAAAGUUAUAUUGUCACGUCAGUUUGUGGAUAUGACGAAGGCACGCAUUGAGGGUCUCUUGGCGGCAUUCCCCAAACUGAUGACAGCUGGAAAACAGCAUACGUAUGUGGAAACGGACUCUGUCCGCUAUGUCUAUCAGCCCAUGGAGAAGUUAUAUAUGCUGCUGAUAACCACAAAGGCCAGUAAUAUUCUCGAGGAUCUGGAGACACUGCGUCUGUUCUCGAAAGUGAUACCCGAAUAUAGCCAUUCGCUGGACGAAAAGGAAAUUGUGGAAAAUGCUUUCAAUUUAAUUUUUGCCUUUGAUGAAAUUGUCGCCUUGGGCUACAGGGAAAGUGUGAAUUUGGCUCAGAUAAAGACUUUCGUGGAAAUGGAUUCGCAUGAGGAGAAGGUCUAUCAGGCUGUACGACAGACGCAAGAGCGUGAAGCACGCCAAAAGAUGCGCGAGAAGGCCAAAGAAUUGCAACGCCAACGCAUGGAGGCCAGCAAGAGGGGAGGACCCUCUGCCUCAAUGGGCGGACGUUCGGGUGGCUUCAGUUCCGAUAGUUUUGGCAGCAGUGGCAUCAGCUCAAGCAGCGGCGGUGGCGGCAUAGGAGGUGGUGGAGGUGCUCCUUCAAUUGAGUUGGAUAUGAAGCCCGUGGCUAGCAAGGCAUCUGCCCAGAAACCCGCUUCUCGCAAUGCCCUUAAAUUGGGUGGUAAAUCCAAGGAUGUGGACAGCUUUGUGGAUCAACUAAAGAGUGAGGGUGAGAAAAUUGCCAAUCUAACGCCAGCAGCUAGCGGUGCCGGUGGUGGUGCCGGUUCAGCCAGUUCCAGCGCUGUGGCCAAAGCUGCUGCUAUUUCUGCUGAUAUCCACAGAGAGAGUGUCCAUUUGAAGAUUGAGGAUAAACUGGUGGUACGUCUGGGUCGUGAUGGUGGUGUCCAGCAAUUUGAAAACUCUGGCUUGCUCACCCUACGCAUUACCGAUGAGAGUUUGGGACGCAUUCUUCUAAAAUUGUCCAACAACGACACUCAGGGAUUGCAGCUGCAGACACAUCCCAAUGUCGACAAAGAGCUCUUCAAGACACGCUCCAUAAUUGGCUUGAAGAAUUUGGCCAAACCGUUUCCACUUAAUACCGAUGUCGGUGUAUUAAAGUGGAGGUUUGUUUCCCAGGAUGAAGCGGCCAUUCCUUUGACCAUCAAUUGCUGGCCAUCGGAUAAUGGUGAAGGCGGUUGCGAUGUGAAUAUUGAAUAUGAAUUGGAGGCAUCACAUCUGGAAUUGCAAGAUGUGACCAUUCUCAUACCCUUACCUAUGAAUGUGCAACCGACAGUGGGUGAAUAUGAUGGCACAUUCAAUUUCGAUGCACGCAAACAUGUACUCCAAUGGCAAAUUCCCAUCAUUGAUGCAGCCAACAAGCUUGGCUCAAUGGAAUUCAGUUGCAAUGCCUCCAUACCCGGCGACUUUUUCCCCUUGCAAGUUUCAUUUGUAUCGAAAACCACUUAUGCUGGUAUCAAUGCUCUGGAUGUGGUUCAAGUGGAUGGCGAGGCAUCUGUCAAGUAUUCCAGCGAAUCGAUUUUGAUUGUUGAGAAAUAUGAAAUCGUUUAGAAUUAAAUCUACUUAUAUAUAUAUAUAUCUCUUAUUAAAUGCAUAUUCAUAUAUACAAACACACACACACACAAGUAUACUGCUGUGUGUGUGUGUGUGUUCACCCAUAUGUAUAUAUGAUAUGUCUAUGUAUGUAUAUCCUAUGUAUACUUAGUAUCUGCCGUAAAAAAAAAAAAAAGAUAAAGUAAUCCCUUUUAUUUCAUUUGAUUAUAUUCGUUUGUCUCGCCAAGUAAUUCCCACGUUUAACGGUUAAAGAAUGAAAUCUGAUUUAUAAUAUUAUACAACUUAGCUAUGAAUAAUAAUAAUGAAUGAAAAAACAAAA